AUGGGGUCUCGGCUGUCGCUGGACGGCGCGGAGCGGGUGUUGGUGGUGGGGGGCGGCUUCGGGGGCACGGCAGCCGCCAGCCUCCUCCGCGCCUGGGCCAUCCCUUUCCUGCUGCUGGACGUCAGGGAUUCUUUCCAUCACAACGUCGCCGGCCUCCGCGCCGCCGUGCAGAGAGGGUUUGCCAAGAAGACUUUCAUCUCCUACUCUGUCACCUUUGGGGACAGCUUCCGACAAGGCAAGGUGGUUGGCAUAGACCCUGGGAGGCAACAGGUCCUGCUCAGCGAUGGUGAGGAACUUCACUACUCCCAUCUCAUCCUCGCGACAGGCAGUGAUGGGCCAUUCCCUGGGAAGUUCAACAAAGUCAUUGACAUGGAGAGUGCCAUCCAGACCUAUGAAGACAUGGCUAAGGAGAUUGAGAAAUCUGAGCGCAUCGUGGUUGUGGGAGGUGGUUCUGCUGGAGUCGAGAUGGCUGCAGAGAUCAAAACUGAGUACCCAGCCAAGGAGGUCACCCUCAUUCACUCCAAACCUGCCCUAGCUGACGUGGAGCUGCUGGAGAGCGUCCGUCAGGAGGUGAAGGAGAUUCUCCUCAGAAAAGGAGUGCACCUCCUAUUAAAUGAGAAGGUCAGCAACCUGGAAAGCCUGACGCCGAACCGGUUCCAGAAGGACAUGGUGGUGAGGACAGAAAAGGGGACCGAGGUGGUUGCUGACAUGGUGGUCCUGUGCACAGGGAUAAAGAUUAACUCUGCAGCUUAUGCCGCUGCCUUUGGGGACAUCAUGGCAAGCAACCGUGCCCUGAAAGUUAACAAGCACCUGCAGCUGGAAGGCUACGAGAACAUCUAUGCCAUCGGGGACUGUGCAGACCUGAAAGAGCCCAAGAUGGCCUACCAUGCUGGGCUCCACGCCAACGUCGCCGUGACCAACAUCUACAACAGCCUGGCACACAAGCCUCUUACAACCUAUGAGCCAGGUGAGGUCAUCUCCUAGCUGUCAGGCUGCUUUUCUGCAGGGAACAGCCAGGUGAAGGGUUACUACGUGGGACGCCUCUUGGUGACCAUUGCCAAGAGCCGGGACCUGUUUGUCUCCAAGAGCUGGAAGACGAUGGGACAGACAAUGCCCUCUUAA